GUCUAUUUAGGACCAAUGCAUAACCUCCGCCUCUUUCCUCUCUCUCUCUCUCUCUCUCUCUCUUUUUCGCUUUCUUCUUUCUCGUUUCUCCAACUACUUACUACACGCUAUCCACUCCCCCUCUUUUCUCUUUUAAAAACAAAGUAAUAGUCGUAUAUACAAAGACCCACACACAGACACAUCCACAUCCACAACAAGACGCCUGAAAACGAACAACACACACCACCUUGGGUUUCUUUCUUUUUCUUCUUCUACCGUAUUGAUGUACCUAUAGGAUGACGGUUAGCAACAAUAUUCGUAAUCACCCGUAUACUUUUGAACAUGCGCUGCAACACUCUGCGGAUUACACACCGCCCCAAGUGACCCGACACCAGCGGACCGGGUAUUUUACAUGGCUCGUUUUCAUGGAGGUUAAAUGGGUUCCGUUCGAUGCCAAUAACCAGUACAAGCUAGAGCAUACGUUGAAUCUUGGCGGCACGUUCGUCGAUAUCCAAGACUCUCACUUUCCCGGCGUGAAACGCGUCCGCGCAUUCCCAAAAUCAAAUUAUAUUUCGUAUCUCGGCGUCAAGUACCGCUUAUCGCGCGUGAUGCAGCCAGAUGCUUGGAUCGAGCCACCUGAUCACGACGAACCAUCUGCUGCUACUGCUGCUGCUGCUGCUGCUGGCUCGUCAUCGUCCUCGUCCUCGUCCUCGUCGUUGUCUUCUUCAUCAUCCUCGUAUACCCCGAACAGUAUGAACCGUCUGUUGCCCGCGCCAUUUACUACCAUGUCCAAGGACGGCAAUAGCAAUAACCAUACCGGUGAUGGGAGCAGCAUGACGAUGAUGAUAACCGAUACUAAUAGCUACCCUAAUAAUAACAACAACAACACUGCGAAUACCACCAAUAGCACUAGUAAUGCUCGUCGGCUCAGUCACCCAUACCACCCGCUCGCUCGACCUGUGCCAUCCAGAGUAUCAUGAGAAUAAAGACGAACCAUCAUGUACUGCGGAGACGGACGACGACGACGACGACGACGAUAACAAACCACAAAAGAAAAAUUUCUUUUUUUUCCCCUUCACUAGUAAUAAUGUUUCCCCCUCCUCUAUCUCUUUGUAUUGUAAAUAGUUCUUUUUCUUUUUUUUUUCACAGCCCGCCAAAAAACACAUAUAUUAUUUAGCU